AUGCUACUCAGAAGCUCAUCAUCACCAAUCCUGCAUUCAUGGCAGCCCAAUUCAGCAUCCGAGUCCGACGCCCUGCCCCGGACCAGAUCCGUCUCCUUGACGACGUCGUUCGUGGCCAGCUCGCCGACGCGGAUCGCGUUCGAUUCGGGCAUUAGAGAUCCGGUGAAGCCGAAGAAUAGCUCGAGGCCGCCGGCGCCGGGUCCGGCGAAGAUCCAGGAUAGGAGGGAAGCAGUGUCGUUUUUCCUCUGGAGCUCCGGCUUGGGCGAAGUGACGGCGUCGGCGGCGGAGGAGGAUGGUCUCUCGGCGGAGAGGACUUUGCAGCAGGGCCGGCCCUUCUUCAAUUCAAAUGGGGGCCCCCGGAAUGUCAGGGCCGGCCCUGCUUUGCAGGAGGCUGGCGGCGGAGGUGUCGGGUGUAGGGGGUCGUGUGGCGGUGGCGGGAGAGGGCGUGACGAUGGGCCGGGCCCCGGCCGUGGGAGUAUUGAUGCGUAUUAUGAGAUUAUGAUCGAGGCUAAUCCUGGAAAUCCUCUGUUUUUAGCUAAUUAUGCUAAAUUCUUGAAAGAGGUUAAGGGAGAUUUCACAAAAGCAGAAGAGUUCUAUGAAAGAGCAAUAUUGGCUAACCCUGCUGAUGGCAAUGUAUUAUCACUCUAUGCCGAUCUAAUAUGGCAGAUUCAUGGAGAUGCUGCUCGAGCUGAGGCUUAUUUUGAUCAAGCUGUCAAAACUGACUCCAACGACUGUUAUGUGCUGGCUUCGUAUGCUCGGUUUUUGUGGGAUGCUGAUGAUGAGGAGGAAGAAGAAGACGACGGUGAGGCGGCCAAGGCCUUAAACAACCAAUAUGCAGUGGGAAGUCAUAAGUCUGAGUUCAUCAUUAAUGAAUCUCAUUGGCCUCCUCUUGCUGCAGCUUCUUAAUCUAAUGCCUCUCUCUCUCUCUCAUUAGUUGUGUGUGUAUGUGAAGAGGUUGCUAUAUAGACGAGUUUUGUGUAACAUUCUCUUCUGUUGUAUAUACUGGGUGGAAUAAUUAACUUAGCAAGCAAUUACGCAGAGUUUAAUGAGUCUUUGCGCUCACGUGGCAUGUGUAAAGAAUCUACGCGUGUUUAUGUUUGAAAUAAAGAAUCUCAUGUUGAUGAUUGUCUACUAA